CGGGACAUUACUACUAAAAGCACACGCACGGGUAUCAUUCCAUGCACCAUACACUCACUUCCCCCUCCUCAACGUCUAUCAAAACCCAUCUUGCGGACCCUCUCUCCGUCACAUCCACGGCUUUAUGGCCGCUACGCUUCUCACGAUGAGCGCUGCGCUCGCACCGGGGCAAGACGACUUUCUCUCGCUUCUCAAACCCUCACUGUCCGACGGCUUUCAGGAGGACCCCUCUCUGUUUUCCUUUGAAACUAAGACUCUCGACACGGAAAGGAGCUUAUCAACCGACUAUUCUCAGGCUAAACUAGAGAUGGAUAAAUAUCUGUCUCCACAACCUGUGGCUCUCCCCGAUCCAAAGAAGUCAAGACGAGAGAGCAUCUCUGUAAUGGACCAGUUUUUUGGGGACGAUCACGGGUCCCCCUAUAGCAUCAACAUGAAUGUCUUCCUCCCCGACAUUGCUUACCUAAGAACGGGAAUGUGCCGGCCAGCGCGGCCUUCAGUCCCCAGCCACGUCAAAACUGAACCUGUAGUGGCGCCUUUCUCUCAUCCCGAGUGUCCGGUGAGCUCGACUGGCCCCGCUCCAUCCGCGCUGCCCGAUUUCACCAGCAUCUUUAACUCAAAUUCCACUUCGGGUUCUGAAAUCAAUCCCAUGGACGAUAACUCUGGGGUCUUUGUCAAGCAGGAGAUGCAAGGCUUUGACAUCCCACAGGAUGGGCCGCUCUUCCAGCUCCUCAACUCGGAGCUGGACAUCCCCCAUCAAGCCGAUUCUCACUCCCACCCUCACGCUCACUCUGUGCCCUCACAGAUGCCUACUUUCCACGACCUGCACUUAGCGACCCAACAGACAGCUGCCAAGCCAUACUGUGGCAUGCCCACCACCGGCUUCCCUCUCGGCCCGGGUCACUUUGUGCAUCCUCAGGGUCAGGCCCACUCACAGCUCAAAAUGCCCUAUCUUCCCCCCUCGCCUCCCACUUCAGAACCUGGCAGUCCUGACAGACAGAAGGAACUGCUUCACAAUCUGACACCACCACCAUCUUACGCCGCCACUAUCGCCUCCAAAAUGGCUGUCCAUGCGCCCAGUCACCCAACACCCACCUCGACACGAGCUCUCGCGAACACUGGGUCCAUGCCUGUUCGUUACAACAGAAGAACAAACCCAGACCUUGAGAAAAGACGGAUACACCACUGUGAUUUUGCAGGUACAAACUGUUUUUUCAAUUGAACUGGAUCUAUAGCCAAAUUCACAAGAUGCUGCUGUGUUUUCUGAAGCACUAUGUUGCUUUCUGCUGCACUUUCUUACUCACACACUUGAAUCCACUGUUAAAUAAUUCAGAGACGGCAAAGCCUUUUAACCAGCGCUCAGAAUGAAUGCCAAAGAGUUGACGUCAGGCUGAUUGUUAUUGAAUCCUGUUGCAUCAAAUUGACUGGGCAAACUGUAAAACAGACAAGCCUCACAGUGCCAUUAAUUGUGCAUUUACGCUAAGAAGCUGCAUGUCUGAAGCAACGAGCUUCGCAAUUAAGAACCCAUCACUGAGUGGGGUUUUACAGCUAACGACAUAAGAUGGGCUUUAGAUUCCUAAUUGGAGAAGAAAGCAUACUGAAACCAAGUAACAGGAUGCUCUUAUUUGUGA